GUUAAUGUUUUUGAACUCGUGCUCGUUUUAAAAAAGAAUAAAUAAUAAUCAUAAAAUAAAAAUAUAAAUUGAAAAAAAAAAUUAUUAUUAAAGUGCAAGCUAAAAAAAUACAAAAAAAAAAAAUAUUAAAUAAUUUACAAAUAUUUGCAAAAAAAGUGAAAAAAAUAAAAAAAAUUUAAUAUUUAAUUUAAGCAUUGAAGUGUGCAAGAAAUUAAACAAGUGUAAAUAAUUGUUUUGAUAAAAAAAAGGUUUUACAAAUAUAAAAAUUAAAAAAUAAAAAAUCAUCAAAAGUGCAACAAAACAAGUGAAUUUUAAUACAAUAUCCGCUUCCGUUUAAGCCAACUUCCAAUUUUAUAAUUUUUACCCGUUAAAAAAGUACAACGAACAGAUUUUUACAAAAAAAAAAAAAAAAAACAGGAAAGGACAUUGAACAAAUUAAUAAAUCAUAUUUAACUGGACGCCACAGAGAAAAGGCAAAAGAGGAAAGACGAAGAAAAAAGGGAUUUUAAUAUUAAAAGUUGCUUGUUACAAAUUAAAAGCAGGUACAUUUUUAAUAUUCUAUAGUAAUGAACCUGGAAACAUCAAAUUAAAUAAAAUUAAACCCGGAUAAGCAAUAAUUUGCCAACCAAAAAGUUAAAUUAAACUACAAAACUACUGCUGCAGCAGCUUAAUAGCCAGCAAAACUAUUGCAACAACAAUAAUAAUAAUUGCUACAAUAACAAGACAUGCUCUUAAAUUUAACAGCAGCAACAACAACAACAAGAUGAUAAAUAUACAACAACAAAAACCAAUUAGAAAACAGCAACAGAAACAAAAGUAUCAGCAGAAUUUUCCACAUCCUCAACAACACCAGCUACAAAGGCAACAACAUCUUUCCAAUCAUCAACAUCCUCAAAAACAUUCCCACCAUUACCAUUAUCAUCAUCCACAACAUCAAGAGCAAUUUUAUCAUUUUAGCAGCAAAGAAAUUGUAUUAAUUUUUAAGCAAAUUAUACAUUCACACACAAACAUUCUGAGAUGGAAGUUAUUGACGAUAUUUUUAUUAUGCAACUGUAUAGAUUUUUGCAUUUCCAACAAAAUUUCCUCUCACACAUCAUAUUCAACUUUAAAUACGGGAUCAUCAUCGUCGUCGUCAUCAUCAGUGAGUGCAUUCGAGCCAGACUUUGUAAUACCAUUAGAAAAUGUUACGGUGGCGCAAGGACGUGAUGCCACAUUUACGUGCGUGGUCAAUAAUUUGGGUGGUCAUAGGGUGAGUGGAGAUUCUGGAACACCAGCCAAGGUGGCUUGGAUUAAAGCUGAUGCAAAAGCCAUUUUGGCCAUACACGAACAUGUUAUUACAAAUAAUGAUCGUUUAUCGGUUACACACAACGACUACAAUACCUGGACUCUCAACAUACGUAAUGUAAAGAUGGAAGAUGCUGGCAAAUAUAUGUGUCAGGUCAAUACAGAUCCCAUGAAAAUGCAAACAGCAGUUUUAGAAGUAGUCAUACCACCAGACAUUAUCAAUGAAGAAACAUCCGGUGAUAUGAUGGUGCCCGAAGGUGGUUCUGCGAAAUUAGUAUGUCGAGCUCGAGGACAUCCAAAGCCCAGGAUAACGUGGCGGCGUGAGGAUGGUAGAGAAAUUAUAGCACGUAAUGGAGCGCAUCAGAAAACAAAAGCUUUAGCUGUAGAAGGUGAAAUGUUAACAUUGUCAAAGGUCACGCGAUCUGAAAUGGGUGCCUACAUGUGUAUCGCCUCAAAUGGAGUGCCACCAUCCGUUAGUAAACGUAUGAAGCUACAGGUGCAUUUUCAUCCUUUGGUACAAGUUCCAAAUCAAUUGGUGGGUGCUCCCGUCCUGACAGAUGUCACUUUAAUUUGCAAUGUGGAAGCAUCACCAAAAGCCAUCAAUUAUUGGCAAAGGGAAAAUGGUGAAAUGAUUAUCGCUGGAGAUCGUUACGUUUUAACGGAAAAGGAGAUCAAUAUGUAUGCUGUCGAAAUGGUUUUACAUAUUAAACGAUUGCAGACAAGUGAUUUUGGUGGUUAUAAAUGUAUAUCGAAAAAUAGUAUUGGCGAUACAGAGGGUACAAUUCGUCUGUAUGAAAUGGAACGACCGGGCAAGAAAAUCUUAAGAGAAGAAGAUAUGAAUGAAGUAACGAAAAACGAAAUUGUACUUAAAGAAAAUCGUCACGAAGAUAGUGCUCGCAAUCAAAAUGGUCGCUUAUAUAAAGAACGUGGCUCGGAUGCCAAUCUCUAUAAUAAUAGUAAUACAGGGAAUAGAACGAUAAAACCACCAUCAAUUACAAUAUUAAUUACAUUAAUAUUAAUGUCAAUAUUAUUAUUGGCCUCGACACGAACACUCAACGACAACAACAAUUACAAUAAUCAUCAACACCAUAAUCAUAUUGAUGACAGACGGCUAUUAAAACUAUUUAAAUUUGACAUAAACGGAUUAUAGCUCAAUUAAAAUGUAAUUAAUCAUAAUAAAUGAAAAAUAAAACACAGACUACCAACAAACCAACCAACAACAACAACAAUAAUAAUACUAAAAAUAAACAAUAAAUAAAAUUAGGAAUAUGAUAAAUUAAUUAAACAAAUAAUAUUGAAAUGGACAAAAACCGAUACAGACCCAUAAACACAAAUAAUAAAUAAAUGAAUUAAUAAAUAUGAAAAUAGUUGACUAUAAAUUUAUAUACAAAAUUAAUGA